AUGAUUAAUAUUUGUUACACUAUGAUGGAUAUAGAUGAAGUAAAAAAUGAAAUUUUAAAAAGAGAUUUUUUAAAUAAUGAUAAUUCAUUAAGUUAUGAUAAUAAUAAAAAAAGAAAAAAGAAAAAAGAAAAUUGUUUUGUAAAUUUAAGAGAGUGGACUAUUAAAGUACAAAAUAGAUAUGCUAAAAAACUAAAAAAAGAAGAACAAAAAAAAUGUUUAGAAAAUAAUAAAAACAACAAAAAUUUACAAAAUGGUGAUAGUUAUAGAUCUUCAAGUUCUUCUUCUUUUAAAUCGAGAUCAAGUUUAGGUAAAAAAAUUUCUUAUUCAUCUGAAGAAUCAAACUUUGAUUCAGAUAUAGAGCAAAGAAUAAGAAAAUUUUUAAAUUUAGAACAAAGUAAUAAUUUAAAAAAAAAAAAUAAAAACAAUCAAGAUAACAAUAAAGAAAAUAAUGAUAUUAAUAAUUCAUUAAAAAAAAUAUCAAAUACAGAAAAAAAUGAAUGUGUGGAUAACGAAAGUAAUAAUAAAAAUAAUAAAGAAAUAAUAAACAAAAGUAAUAAUAAAGAAAAAAUAAGCAAAUGUAAAGAAAAUAAAAAUGAUAAUGAAGAAAAAAAAAAGGAAAAUGAUAAGGAAAUAGUAAAAUUAAAACAAAAAUUAAAAGAAACUAUAAUAGAAGAAAAAGAUAAAAAUAUAGAUAUAAAAAAUGAAAGAGAAGAAGCAAAAGAAAGGGAAGAAGAAAAUAAAAAUGAAAACAAAAAGAUAAUAAAAAUAAAUGAUUGUAAUUCAGAUAAAAAUGUUGAGGGUAAUAAUACUAAUAGUGAUAAAAAUGUUAAAAAAAAUUAUGAUAUAAAUCAAAACUAUAAAAAAAAAAAAUCAUAUUCUAAUGACAAAAUGAAUAAUACAAAAAAAAAAAAAAACAAUAUAAAUGAUACAUUAAAAUAUACAGAUGAAAAAAAUUCUAAUAACAAUGAAAAACAAUAUAAUUCAUUAAUUCAGGAAAAAUAUGUUAAUAAAUCAAAUAGCAAUAAUAAUGAUAAAUCUUAUGAAAAUGAUAAAUUAACAAAUGAAAACUUAGAGGAAAAUAAAAAAGAUAACGAUGGUUAUUAUUCCCAUAAAAAUAAAGAUAAAGAAAAUAAUAAUAAAUCUAAUUUAGAGGAUUCAAAUAAAAUAAUGAAAGAAUCUACGAAAAAAGAGGAAACAAAAAUAUUAAAUGAAAAACACAAAAAGAAUUAUGAAAGUAAUUUAUUAUCUCCUUCAAAAAAAAUAAAAAAUCAUAAUUGUGAAAAUUCAGAUAAAAGUAAUAAUAAUAAAUCAUAUAAACAUUUAAAUGGUGAGAAUAUUCUUAAAAAUGAAGAAUACAAAAAUAAUUAUGUAUCAGAUAAUUAUGAUGAUAUUAACAAAUUAUCAGGUAAAAGAAGAAUGAAUAAUGAAUAUAAUAAUGAACAUUAUUCAAAAAAAAAACAUUCUAAUGUUUGUAAUAACAACAUUAAUAAAAAUGAUAAAUAUAAUAAUAAAUCAGAUUAUUCAAAUAAUUCAUGUUUUGAAAAAGAUAAUAAAAAAAGAAAUAAUAAAAAAAACUUCAAUGAACAUGAAGAAAAUUAUAUAAAGUUAUCCUCUGGAGAAUCUAGGAAUGAUAUGGAAAAAGUUUUAGAAAAUGGUAUUAGUAAAGCAGAAUCAUCAUGUUUACAAUCUACUAAAAAAAAUCAAGAUAUACCUAUUAAAAAAAAGGAAUUAAAUAGUUUUAAUGAACAUAAUAAAUAUAAUUCUUCUCAUAAUAAAAAAAAAAGAGAUAAAAAUUCAUAUGAUAGUGAAAUAGAAUGUAUAAAAAAGUGUAACUAUAAAAAUAACUCAAGAGAAUGUGAGAAAAGAAGUAUAAAAAGUGAACAUUCAUACAGAAAAAGAUAUUCAAACAGUUAUAACAAAGAAGAAAUAAUAAAUGAGAAAGUUAAAAAAAAUUCGCAAGAUAAGAUAGAAUCUUCUUAUAUAAAUGAUAAUUUAACUACUAAUAAUAAAUUAAGAUCAAAAGAAGACAAUGAAAAAACAAAAAACAGUUAUACUCAAAAUACAUUAAGGAAGUAUAUUCAGAACAAUAAUACUGUACUCUCUGAAAAAGAGAGAGAUAGAGAAAGAGAAAGAGAAAAAGAAAAAGAAAAAGAAAGAGAUAGAGAAAAAGAAAAAGAAAGAGAUAGAGAAAAAGAAAAAGAAAGAGAUAGAGAAAAAGAAAGGGAAAGAGAUAGAGAAAGGGAAAAAGAAAGGGAAAGAGAAAGGGAAAGAGAAAGGGAAAAAGAAAGGGAAAAGGAUAAAAGGAAUGAAAUAGAAAAAGAUAAAGAAAGAGAUGCAAAUAGACAAAAAGAAAUAGAAAUUGAAAGAGGAAAAAAGAGAAAUAAAGAAAGAGAAAGAGAUAGAGAAAGAGAUAGAGAUAGAGAAAGGGAAAGGGAAAAGGAAAAGGAAAGAAAUAGAGAAAGAGAGAGAGAUAGAGAAAAAGAAAGGGAAAGGGAUAAAAGGAAUGAAGUAGAAAAAGAUAAAGAAAGAGAAAGGGAAAGGGAUAAAAGAAAUGAAGUAGAAAAAGAUAAAGAAAGAGAAAAAGAAAGAGAAAGGGAAAAAGAAAAAGAAAAAGAAAGAGAUAGAGAUAGAGAAAAAGAAAGAGAAAAAGAAAGAGAUAGAAGAAUUCCAAAGGACAAAGAUAGGGAAAGAGAGAGAGAAAAAGAAAUUCAAAGAGUGGUUCAAAAAGAAAAAAUAAAAGAAAGAGAUUUUCGAGAUGAAAGGGAUGAAAGAAAAGAUAGGGACAGAAAUAGAGAAAGAGUUAGAGAAUUGGAAAAAGAUAAUGAUAAAAAUUUAUCCAAAAAUGUAGAAAAAAAAAAUUUUAAAAAUACUAAUUCGUCUUUAGACUUUUUAAAAAAGAAAUGUAAUGGAGUUGAAUCUUAUAUAAAUGAUAAAAGAUCUUACAUAAAUGAAAAUAAUAAUUAUGUAAAAAAAAAAAUAUAUGACGAGAAUAUUCAUUAUGAAUAUUCAGAUAAAGAUAGAUAUAUUUAUAAUUCUAGCGAUAUUCACUCAAGAAAAUAUUAUUCCGAUAAAAUUAAAUUAAAUGAUAAAGAAAAUUGGGAAAAAAAAAUGUCAAAAUUAAAAGAAAAAUUAAUAAAAAAAAAUAUAACCAAGUAA